GUGACGUAAGGACGCACUGCGCUGUCGCUGAUUGGCUCAAAGCACAAGAGUUGAAGGUUGAAACUACUGUCGAAGCUGUCAAGAGUCUCGGAUAUGUGAGAAACAUGAGCGGUACAGUUUGUCAAAUUAGACUAAGUGAUGAUCCAGAUACUCCGUACUUCCUGCGAGUGGACUGGGCCAUAGACCUGGGUGCUGGUUUCACAUUAGCUCUUACAAAUGGCAGCUCAGCAUGGAUUGGAGAAGUUUCAGAGGAUGAUAUGACAAGGGAAGCCAAUGACAUAGGAGUCCCAAGAGAGAGAUAUGUUGAGGAUCUUCUUCAAGCCCUAACAAAAAGUGGAGGAGGAAGAAGCGAAGACAAGGAGAUGUAUACCUUUGGCCUCUCUCCUGAUCGCCGUUGUCUCUUGUAUGAGAAGACUUGUAAUGAUAUUUCGGUGCACUUGGGCUCUGUGGAGCUCCAGCCAUCUCCAGACCCUCUGGAGCUGACCUGUGAGAUGAUUGGACAGUCCCUAAAGCGCAGCACAGAUCUGGAGACAGAAAACUCACAAUUGUUGGAGCAAAACUGUAAAUUGAAGCAGGAUCACCAGCGAAUACUCGGACAGCUCAAACAUCAGGUUCAGAAAAAGGAAGCGUUAGAGAGGGAACUGUACUCACGUUUUGUCAUGGUGCUGAACGAGAAGAAGGCCAAGAUCAGAGGUCUGCAGGAGGCUGUCAAAAGGCUUCGAAACUCGGACGACCAUCCGAGCGACGAGGAGGGUGUACAAAGUGACAAUCUCACAACUCAAGGUGAAGGCAGUCCGGACAGAGGAGAGGAGACCAGUCAGAGCAUCCAACCCUCUCUGGAGCCAACUAUCCUCAUUACAGGACGUAAUCUGGUCUGGGAAGGGAUCCCCGUUGACCGGACUUUUACUGAUGAUGAUGAAGAUGAGCAACCAAAAUGGAAGCCCUCCUUUUCAAGAAAUAGAUGGCGCCCGGGACUAUUCACGAACAUUUUAAUGAGCAGGUUUUCUCUGCUUGCUAUCUUGCUAUGUGGCAGGCUAGUUCCAGCCACACACGACCAAAACAGCGACAGCCGGGCAGCAGUGUCCUGGAAGUGUCUUCAGAUUAUGAUGCAAGGGUCUCUCCUAGAUUGUGAAAGUGAAUUCAGAAAGCCAGAGCACGUCACAGCAUCUGGAUUGCUUUAACUGUGACAAUUACCUACCACAUCUCCUAAGAGACUAGUUGCUUUACAGUAAAGGGGUGAAAAGCAGUUACUGAUACAAUCAUUUCCCAAAUUCUCUCCAUUCUGUGUUGCUGUAAAGAUUUUUCCCAGAUGUGUCAGUGGCCAUGCGAUAACAGCCACUUAACACUGUCUGGGACUAUGUCAGGAACUAAAAGUGUUUCUGCUAAUAAGCUGAAGAACUCGGUAGAGAAUCUGGAGCACGACUACGGAAGCAAUUUACGAAGAGUCUCACUUUUCCCUGAGCUUGAAUUUGAGUUCAGCUGUAGUCAGAUCUCAGCUCAGUGUGAGAGUGAAGAAAAAGGGGGUCAACAUGCUACACCCAGAAAAAAAGGGUGUCACAACCAGGGAACUAUAACUGCUUUCUUAAUGCUUAAUGUCCUGCUGAUGUUUUCCUCCCUCUUUCUAUUAUGAAAACAAACUCGAAACCGUCUCUUUCAUUUUAACUUUCAAAACUAGCAUUUUGCAAAAGAUAAUUUGGCCCUUAAUCUUUUUUUCCCCCUUUUAUUGUGUAGAUAUUAUGUGGCCCAAACUACCUGAGGGUUGAUUUUCAGGUUAAUGAGGUUAUGUUGUCUUUAAGCUUCUUCACUUGCCCACAUUGUCCUUAACAUCUGCUAUCAGCUUUAGGUUCUUAGUUCAUCGCCGUGUGUUUUCAAUGAGACAGUAAUGAAGCUUUGGAUUAUUUGACCCUUUGCAUCUGAAUCCUGGACCUUCUUGCUGCUGCUUUUGAUGAUACCUUUAUGUCUGUUGAAAACCACAGGUGGCCACCGGGAUUAUCCCGCUAUAUGUUCUUGGUGGUUUUAGUAAUCCCCACUGGAAUGUCACACUGUCUGUUUACAUCUCAUCAAUAAAGUAUUCUGAAAGCAAAACAAAGAAGAGUAUCAAAGGUUAAUUUACAGAUGAAUGCAUGACAACGUGCGAUGGACAAUGAGCUUACGCUGAAAAGGAGACGGUGCUGAAUAUUUAAGGGAUUUCCUUUAUUACAAUGCGUUGUUGUUUGAUUCAAAAUGCUCCAAAGCAAGAUCUCGUUCUGUUUUUGGAAUAAAAGCUGAUAAUUCGUUUUUAAUUUGGUAAAACCUGCUGUAAAUGUGCACAUUUAAUGUCUAAAUAUGUGGGUUUUUUUAUUUGAUUUUAAAUAUUUACUGUAAAUACAUAAAGGAGAUUUAUUUUUCAAAUGUUAAAAAUGUAUGUAAAAUACCUCUGAAGAAAAUGUAUGUUAACAUCAUUAUUAAAAAUUUUGCAUUUCAA